CGCGAGCACACAUCCCGCACGUAGCCGGCGUAUUAAUCAGCGCGGGGCCAUCUGCGCCCUCCUCGCCGCGGGCGGGGGCUGCCCGCGCCCUUCCCGCACGCCCCGGGGCGCUCCCGCACACCGCUGGGGCGCCAGCGGCAGUAGCAGCUGCGCGGGGCUUCGGCAGCACCGCCGCUCCCGCAGCGCCGGGCCGCGGUGCGUAGCCGAGCCCGCAGCGGCGAAAGUUUUGCCUCGCCUCGCCUGGCCUUGCGCCGCGGCGGAGCCCCUGCCCGGCUCGGCCUGGAGCGGACGGCGGCCCCACGGGCAUCGCCUCCCAGCGCGGGCGCCGGCAGAGCAGCGUCCCCGCCGCGCCAUGCCGCUGGGGCACGUCAUGAGGCUGGACCUGGAGAGAAUCGCCCUGGAGUACGUCGUGCCCUGCUUGCACGACAUCGGCUUCUGCUACCUGGACAACUUCUUGGGGGAGGUGGUGGGGGACUGCGUGCUGGAGCGGGUGAAGCGGAUGCACCGCGACGGGGAACUGGCCGACGGGCAGCUGGCCGGCCCCAGCCGCGGUGUCGCCAAGCGGCACCUCCGCGGCGACCAGAUCAAAUGGAUCGGAGGCACGGAGGAGGGCUGCGAGGCCAUCAACUUUCUCCUCACGCUGAUAGACCGGCUGGUGAUGUACUGCGGGACCCGGCUCGGCAAGUACUACGUGAAAGAACGAUCCAAGGCCAUGGUUGCUUGCUAUCCUGGAAAUGGAACUGGGUACGUUCGUCAUGUGGACAAUCCCAAUGGUGACGGGCGCUGCAUCACCUGUAUUUAUUACCUGAAUAAGAACUGGGACUCCAAGCUGCAUGGUGGAAUUCUUCGAAUAUUCCCAGAAGGAAAGUCUUAUGUAGCAGAUGUUGAGCCAAUUUUUGACCGAUUACUUUUUUUUUGGUCAGAUCGAAGGAACCCACAUGAAGUGCAGCCUUCUUAUGCAACCAGAUAUGCCAUGACUGUGUGGUAUUUUGAUGCUGAAGAAAGAGCAGAAGCCAAAAAGAAGUUCAGGAACUUAACCGAUGCGAGGAAGAGAGAAGCACCUCUUAAUGAAGACUAAUCAACUGUUCAUGAACUCUUUGUGAGGAAAUAAGAUCCCAAAGAUGACUUCCAUUUCCAGCAAAUAAGGGCAAAACAUUUUUAUGCACAAGUUGUGUCUAGCACGUGCAUCUUAUGCUGAUGGUACUUAAGGCAGCCUCCUGCCAUGCUGCAUCUGGUAGAAGAAAGACUUGUUUGCUCUUUGCCUUUUGCUGGAAAAAAUUACCAGGGUUUAAAAAAAAAAAAAAAAAAAAAAGAGUAUGUGAUACUCAAGCCUAGUGGUAGUGGCUCAGCCAAUUGGCUUUUGAUCACUUUUGUAACUAAGAUAAUGGUCAUUGGAACUAGUAAAAAACUGAGUCUUAUUUGCACUUUAUGGGGAAAAAAAGUUCUAGCUAAAUGGGAAGAAGCCUUGCAAGUUUAAAAUCAGUUGGCAGACUGCUGACAGGGAUAGAGAGAGAUUUCCCAGACAUGGAAAUUAAAUUGGAUGUUUGUAGAGCAUUUUAUGGUUUGUCCCAAAUGGACCUUUUGGUGUAUUGUUCAUCAUUUGGCUGUGCAGAACAUUGGUUCAACUCUUCAGAAACAUGACUUCUCAGAUGUUUGUCUACACAGUCAUCAUAUUUUCUGGAUUUUGUUUGCUCUUCAAGAGGCACAUUCUAGCCCUGCAGCUGUACUGCCCUUUCUGUCCCAGGACCGAGGGGAAAGUAGUUAUGUAUCUGUUCACAACUUCAUAAAACCAUUUUUUUUUCUGUUUUGAGCAGGCUGGGUUGUACGUUUUCUAUUUUCACAGUUUAGUAAAGCAGCUGUUUUCUCCCAAAAAUCUGGUAAACUUGAAGGCUUAUGGCAUACAAUGCAUUGGCCCUUAAGGCCAGUGAUAUGUAGAGAAGUGUUUGCUUUGCAACUUCUCCAUCUGCUAUGUUCUGUGUGACAUAGAUAUGAAUCUGAAAGGGAAAGAUAUGUCUGGCAGUCUGACAAAUAUAUGAUAAAUAAUGGGUAACUUGGACUUGAUUUAUGCUGCAUAUUCUUAGUGAAAACACUUGUUUAAUUUUGCAUGCAUAUGUAAUUUGAAUGAAACUGCAAUUCCGUUUCAAUUGAUCUGUGAUGGCAGGUAACUACUACUGCUGUGCCCAGGCUGUGAGAUCAGAGUUAUUCAAUGGCAAAGCACACAUUUUUUUUCUCCAUUAUUUUUUUAGACUUAUUAGACUCAAUGAGUAACUGGUGACCUAUUCCCAAUCUGUCUAAACUUCUACAACCAGCACUUACUAUGCAGUUCAGAAUAGCUCUUAAUGAAGCUGGGGUCUGGCAGUGAAUGUAUUUAUCACUCACACUAAUUGUUCUCAACCUAAUACACUCACUUGCAUUAAUUUUUAUCUCAUGCUGUCAGUGUGUAUGUCAGACCCUAUUAAAUGUUCCAAACAGAUGUCCCCUUCAGUGUCCCAUAAUUUCCUGUGCCCCUGCCCAUGGUGGUGAAGGUGGUAUGUCUGAACCGCUGUCCCCUGCACUGCUUCCCCAUGCUCUGCUGCAUUGUUGUGCUGUGAUGGGCUGCACUUGAGCUAGGGAAUGGAAAAGUAGUGUUCCAUGGCAGCUUAAAUGUCGGUGACAGAAAGGUAACAGCUGCAUAGGACAGAAAAGAAGUAACUUUCAUGACAUAAAAAAUGAUAAUAGAAAAUGGAGUAUUUUUAAAAGCAGUUUUGUGUCUUAAAGAAAAGCUGAGCAUCCUUCAGCCUGCCCAUGAAUGCUGAAUGUAAAUACAGCAGUGCUAAGAAACCCCUUAUUCUCUCUGGCUUCUUCCAGAGAUCCAGCUAAGGUUGUAUAGGCCUGACCACUGUGCACCCUAAGAGAGGAGUAUGAGGGAACAUGUACGACUAAUAUCCUUAAAACUCAAGACUAGAAAAAGACAAAGAACGUGAUAAAUGUCCUUUAAUGUUAGGAAAAACAUUAUUCUACUACAGUUGCUUCUAAGUAACACCAGAGACUUGAAGGAAACUUAAUGAUAACUUGAAAUUCUCAUUCUGAAAUGUUCAUGUGGGAGGUGAAAGAGUUUGUGCUCUUCCUUGAGAGAGAGGUAAUCCUUUGAAAUGUGAGAGGUGUUGGAAAAGACAGCAUUACUAUUUACAGAAGGUGAUGGAAUACACCUAUUCAAAGUUAAUAAUGGCACAUAAAUUUGAAACUCCUACAUGAUUUUAAAAGGAGGAAAAUCAGAGCAGAGCAAAUAGUGCUUUGCCUCUAGAAACUGUAACCUUAAAAAUGAACUAGAAAGCAUUGUUAGUACACAUCUUACUGGAGGCUGGAACAGUGGAAAAACAAUGUGGUGGAAGGGGAAAAGCUUUGUGUAAGGGCUGAAAAAGGAAGGUACUUCAGUUAUCACUGUUGCUACCACCAGGUUUCUGCAGUGGUCAGCAACACGUGUGGUGAAUGGAACAUGGAGCAGUAUAGUUGCAUUUAUUGUAAAUAAAUACAUACUUUCUUUUUUGUGAAUAUCUUCCUCAUCUAUAUGACAUAUAUAGAAGACAGAGCAAUUAUUCUGUGGCAGGGAGUGUUGUCUUUAUUAACACUUGUAAUCAAGUGCAAAAAAAGUUGAGGGCUUGAGAACUUGAAACCAGUUCCUCAGUCCUCCAUUUCAGAUCUUUACUCUGUUUCCAGUAGGAUGAUCUCCUUGAAGAAGCUGUAGUUUAAUUGGGGGUGGGGUGUAGGGGGGUGUUGGUCAUGUGUGAUCUACACACGGGGAGGGUAUUUCAAAGAGGCCUUUUCCUUGUGUUUUGUCUUCAUAGCAAACUGUUUGAAUCAAAUGGCUAAACAGCACUUGUCAGCCAGUUGUGGAAAGGAAUGCUUUCUCUAAGGUUUUUGAAUCCUCCAAAAAUUCUGGGUUUUUUUGUUUUUUUUUUUUUUUUUUUUAAUCUUUAGGUAACGUGCCUUCAUUGUUCUUAUCUGUGAAGAUGUUUCAUGCUGCACGUACGUGUCAUGUCAUGCAACUUUUUGAUGGCUCUAAAAAACAUGGUUGCCUUUUCAAUUGCAUAGGAAAAGUGUGCAGAGCUACUAAGCUGCAGUUCUCAACAGGAGGUUUUUGUUGUGCGGGGAGGAAAAAAGGCCAGGAGACAGUGCUGAAAAGCAAGAGACUUUUUAUUCUUAAACCUGUGAGCACUGGUCUUUUGAGCAAAGUAGCCUCUAAUAAAUCUUUUUCUCUAGAUUACUUUUGGUUCUGUGAAGAAUGACUUCUAUGAAAUAGUGUCUAAAAAGUUCCACUCUUUUUUUCCCUUCUAUUUUUAAGCAGUUUUAGUCCUGUGUGUUUUUUAAAAUAUUGGAAUAUGUUAUAUGUAUUUCUUGUUGCAAAAUAGCUGGCUCUAACACCACUUGCAUCUAGAAGAAAAUGUGUCUAUUUGCAGGCAAAUGACUAGUUCUACUUUGACUGUGAUGUACUCCCAGCAGUUAUCUGAGAGUGAGUUAUGACUACAUCUUCUCUUGUCAGGUUGUAUGCUGGUCAACAAUGCUGGCACUUUGCAUUGGAUUCAUAAAGAAACCCCUAGUAGUAUUUUACCACACAUCACAUUUUGUGUUCCUGUUACUAUUAAAAAAAUGUCACAGGAGUCAAUAAACACUGGGUCAUGUUAAGCACUGUCCUGUGCAAAUCUCUUCAGUCUUGUGUCUUACUGUAGCCAGGGAUGCAAGGGGUGGGUGCAGUGCCACGCAGCUGCAUGUAGGGUGACACUGAAAUCUGUAUCCAUGACUGUCUUCUGCUGUUGGAGAGCCCUUUUUUGUUGCCCUCAGCUUGGCACAUUCCCUUGGUCACUUCCUGCUAUUUUGAAGUUAUUUACCUUGCUAGUGACUCUCAUCUUGAAAUGCCCAUUUGUUUUUACGCUCCUGCUGAACCAGAUAACAUUCUCACGAUUCAAUUGUUGUCCGAUAAGUUUUAUUUUUAACAGUGUUCACAUCCUCCCCCUGCUACUUUUCCAGCCUGAAUCCCACAGUUUUCUCCUGUGGCUGUGUGGGAGACUUCUCCUCACUCCCACUAACAGUGCAGUUGAAUGAAAGCCAGGGCAUUUUCACUCAUUUGGUAGAGCUGUGAACUUUCUGAUUCCUUUGGAAUCUUAUGAAGAGUGAGAAUUUCCCGUCUCCUAUUUAAAACAUGGUUUCUAUCAUGGAGGGCUUGGAUUUGACUUGUGGGGUUUUUUUUGUUAGAGAGGGAAGAGAUGUCUAAAUAAUUUGCCAUUUAUUUAAGCAUUUCUUUUAGACUGAGGAGUUCUUAGAGCAUAGGGAGAAGAGCUAUGGAAAGCAGAGGGGUUUCUCUUCUGAGCAUGCUCCUCAAAGAGUAAAGGUUUCUAGGGACAGCUUGAGAAGAAGCUGGCUGUUGGCCAUCCAGCUGCCAAGGACUUUGAACUCUGACUAAACUUUCUCUGAGCAAAUGUUUGCAGUAAUUGUUAUCUUGCAGCUAUUUAGGGGUUUCUUUCCUCCCCCACCUACCCAAUGGGAUAUGGCUAAAUAUAUUUGCACUGACAAUUCUCAUGACUCUUGAGAAUGCAUCUGAUAUCGGAGGUUGCACUGAAAAUUGCAAAGGAGCAUGACAGUGGAAGAGAGGUUAGUAAAACUUGAUUCCCCUUUCCCACAUAAUGUUGUCUCCAUGGAGUACUUCAGAGUUGGUUAAAACUCCCAUCAUCUUCCACAAGGCAUAGACAGAGUUUAUCUGUCUUGUAGAAAGCAGGGAUAAUUUCAUCUGCAUGUGUGCUUAUUAUAAGCAAAGCUGGAGAUGCUAAAUAAACCACGCUGGGUCAAUGGCAGUCAACAGCAGUUCUUGCAUGGCAUCAAACAGAGUCAAUGCCAGCGUGCUGGGCACCCACAGUCCUGCUAGAGAGGAGGAAGUUUGUCAUCCCUGAUCUUAGCCAACACUCUGGACCUGACUUGACAGGAGAGGAGUCAAGGGUGUAACUGGCUCUUAAAACCCCUCUGUGUGGGGCUGGUGAGAAGCAUCGUAAGAAGGACCCUGUUGUCCAAACUAGUAGAGCUCUGAAAAAUCACUUGUGGUUACAUGGGUUCACAGCUCCCUGGGUAGAGGGAGCAGAGCAGAGCAUCCUCUUCAGGAUGGAUUAUCCCAUCCCUGGCAGAGGAUGUUGAGUUGUUAAAGUGGAUGAAAGACAAUGGUUACUGUCAUUGUGCCCUUUUGCUAAACCUAGAGGUUGAUUAGCUUCCUAAAAGGGACUUGGCAUUCUUCUGCAGCACCCAGAGGUUGUCUGUCAGGGACACGGUGCUGAUCCAGCUUGUGCCUGGGGAUGGUCUGGUUAGGAUGUAGUCUUUGGGGGUUGAUGUGGCAUGCAGUGACAGCAGGCUGCUUUUAAUUUACUAAUCACUGUAUUUCACGCCAGCUUUGACACCUGUCCCACCUAUACAGUGGUUCAGUGGGUGACCUGUGGUCAUGACUGUGAUACAUGGUAACACCAUCCCCUGCUCUAAGCCAGGGAGAAAAUGCCUACUGUUAAGAGGUACCAGCUGCUUCUUUUAUAAGAA